CUCGGCAUUCUCUCUACCUCCAUUGCCCGUGAGCGAGGCGAGCGUCAAAACUCUUGAAUGAUACUCUCUAACUUUUUAGGAAUCUUCCAUGGAUCUGAUGAAACCCUUUUGUUAGAAUCACUGUCUGAUAUUGUUGUAUUGUGUGUUUUUUGUUUUCUUCAGCAAAAAUACAAAAAAAAAAAAAAAUCUUAUUAAUACUAAGAGUGUUCGGACAUAGCUGCGUUAAUGCAGACCAGAAUCUCGCCAUCUGCCAUCUCCAAAGCUUUGUCAUCCGUCGCGAACCUUAAAGAGCUUCGCCGGAUCCACGCCUUCGUGAUUUCUUUAGGCCUCGAUGGCUCCGACUUCUUCUCCGGCAAGCUCAUUGACAGUUACUCUCAUCUCAGGGACCCGGGCUCUUCACUCUCCAUUUUCCGGCGAGUUUCGCCGGCGAGAAAUAUCUAUCUCUGGAACUCGGUCAUCAGAACGUUUUCCCAAAAUGGGUUGUUCUCUAAAGCCAUUGAAUUUUACGGAAAGCUUCGGGAAACUGAUGUAUCUCCUGAUAAGUACACGUUUCCGUCAGUCAUCAAAGCCUGCUCCGGAUUGCUCGACGAGGAAAUGGGAAGUUUCGUGCACAAAGAUGUCACCGAUCUGGGGUUCGGAUCUGAUCUGUAUGUGGGCAAUGCGCUUGUCGACAUGUACUCGAGAUUGGGAUUGCUGGGUAGAGCACGAGAAGUGUUCGACGAAAUGACUGUUAGGGAUCUCGUUUCUUGGAACAGUAUGAUUUCCGGGUAUACCUCCAAUGGGCAUCACGAAGAAGCUGUUGAACUUUAUUACAGGUUGCGGAGUUUUGGGAUGGUGCCGGAUUCUUACACGGUUUCAAGUGUUUUGUCGGCUUUUGGGAAUUUGCUGAUUGUCAGGGGAGGACAGGCAGUUCAUGGGUUUGCUCAGAAGACAGGAACUAUCUCCGCUGUUAUGGUUGGUAAUGGAGUAAUUGCAAUGUACUUGAAAUUCAGUAGACCAGAGAAUGCAAGACUGAUUUUUGAUGAGAUGGGUUUUCGAGAUUCCAUCAGUUACAACACUAUGAUCUGCGGGUAUUUUCAGUUAGUGAUGUUUGAAGAAUCUGUCAAGCUUUUCAUGGAAACUCUGGAUCAGUUCAAACCCGAUAUCUUAACAGUCACUUCUGUUCUCCGUGCCUGCGGCCAUCUCCGAGACCUGCGGCUGGUAAAAUGCGUCCAUGACUAUAUGGUGAGAGCUGGAUUUGUGCUUGAAACUACUACAAACAAUAUUCUAAUCGACGUGUACGCAAAGUGCGGUGACAUGGUUUCUGCAAGGGAUGUAUUCAAGAACAUGGAACAUAGGGAAUCUGUCUCAUGGAAUUCGAUAAUCAGUGGAUAUAUUCAAAGUGGUGAUCUUAUGGAAGCUGGGAAACUCUUUAAGAUGAUGAAAAGGAUGGAAGAGCAGACCGAUCCCAUCACUUAUCUGAUGCUUCUCUCUGUUUCUACACGGUUAGGAUACUUGUACUUUGGCAGAGGGUUACAUGCCGAUGCAAUGAAAUACGGGUUUCACUCAGAUCUUGCAAUUAGUAAUGCAUUGAUUGAUAUGUAUGCUAAAUGUGGUGAAACCGAUACUGCGAUGGAGAUCUUUGACAGAAUGGAAACUCGUGAUAUCGUAACAUGGAACACUGUCAUUUCAGCAUGUGUUCGUUCCGGAGAUUUUGCCACCGGGUUGCAGUUAACUACUCUGAUGAGGAGUAGGGCAGUGUCGCCCGACACGGCCACUUUCUUAGGUAUGUUGUCUAUGUGUUCUUCACUAGCUGCAAAACGACAAGGCAAGGAGAUCCAUUGCUGUCUUGUAAGGUUUGGGUUUGAAGCUGAGUUGGAAAUCGGGAACUCGCUGAUUGAAAUGUACUCCAAAUGUGGUGGUUUGAAGGAUUCUGUCCGAGUCUUCGAGCUUAUGAACAGAAAAGACGUCGUGACAUGGACAGCGUUGAUCUAUGCCUAUGGAAUGUACGGUGAGGGCGAGAAAGCCAUGGAAGCCUUCUCCGACAUGGAAGAAUCCGGCAUAGUUCCCGAUAACGUUGCCUUCGUAGCCAUAAUCUAUGCUUGCAGCCACUCAGGUUUGGUAGAAGAGGGACUGGCUUGCUUCGACAGGAUGAAAAGCCAUUACAGAAUCACACCUAAGGUGGAACAUUACGCUUGUGUGGUUGAUCUGUUGUCCCGUUCUCAUCAGAUUUCUAGAGCCGAGGAAUUUAUGGAAGCAAUGCCCAUGAAACCAGAUGCUAGCAUGUGGGCGUCUCUACUUAGCGCUUGUCGAGCAAGCAGAGACAUGGAAACUGCAGAACGAGCGUCUGAAAAGAUAAUGGAACUGGACCCGGAAGAUCCCGGUUACUCUGUUCUAGCGUCCAACGCUUAUGCAGCCAUGGGAGAAUGGGAAAAGGUGAGCAUAAUCCGAAAAUCCGUGAAAGAUAAACACCUGAGGAAGCAUACUGGAUAUAGCUGGAUCGAAAUCGGUAAAAGAUUGCACGUUUUCCGGUCAGGAGAUUCAUCAGUUCCUCAACCUGAAGAAAUCGGCAAGUCACUGGAGAUUCUCUACAGUCUGAUGGCCGAAGAAGGGUACGUUCCCGAUCUAAGAGACGUGUCUCAGAAGCUCGAGGAGGAAGAGAAGAAGAGAAAUUUGAUAUGUGGACACAGCGAAAGGCUUGCUAUAGUGUUUGGACUAUUGAACACAGAAGCAGGGACGCCAUUGCAGGUGAUGAAGAAUCUUCGGGUCUGUGCAGAUUGCCAUAAGUAUAUGCACUGCCAUGGCUUCCAGCCCUGGCGGCGGAGCAACCUCCCAGAUUCCGGCGGGCCUCGCCGUGACGUCGACCACCCCUAUCCGGCGACCUCCGCCGCAUACAAUGCAGACCCUUCCUCUCCCGGCGGCGAUCUGCUCGGCGUUCCGAAACUCCGGCGCCUCGACCACCGCUUCCCAACGGUCACCGUCGUCGUCGUACUUCCGGAGCUGGCCGUUUACUUCCUCCACCACGUACAGCUCAUCCUCGUCGUCCAUCUCGCUCGCCGCCGGUCCCUUCCAACCGGAGAUCAUGCCACGUGGCAUAUCAUCCCACCGGUCGGAAUCCAGGUCGUAGACGGCUCCUUGUUUGACGGCGUUGCCUUUUACGUUCACCAUGCACAGCUUCCCUUUAUACCUACCCUUGUGUAUCCACAUUUAUUUUAUUAGCUCACUCGCCCACCAUAUAUUAUAUAAAUUUCACUUUCACCUAU